CAGCAUAGCCAUGAACCAGCCCAGCUCCCCGGCGUCCAGACCCGCGCUCGCUCUUUGCCCGUUCCCCUGACACGCUCCAGCAGCCAUGAAGAGGCAAAACGUGCGGACCUUGGCCCUAAUCAUCUGCACUCUCACUUACCUAUUUGUGGGUGCGGCGAUUUUCGACGCGCUGGAGUCGCAGGAGGAGACGAGCCAGAGGCGAGAUCUGUUCCUGCGCCGGAGCGAGUUGCUCCGCACCUUCAACUUGUCCGCGAGGGACUUCGACCAACUAGAGAGAGUGGUGCUGCAGCUCAAGCCGCACAAAGCCGGCGUGCAGUGGGAAUUCGCCGGCUCAUUUUAUUUCGCCAUCACUGUGAUCACUACUAUAGGAUACGGCCAUGCAGCCCCCAGCACAGAUGGAGGGAAGAUGUUCUGCAUGAUCUAUGCCCUCUUAGGCAUACCACUCACAUUGGUCAUGUUCCAAAGUGUAGGCGAACGGAUCAACACCUUCGUUAGAUUUCUUCUCCAUCGCCUGAAAAAGUGCCUUGGAAUGAGGCGAACUGAGGUCUCCAUGGUUAACAUGGUGUCGGUGGGAUUUAUAUCGUGCAUUAGCACACUAUGCGCAGGAGCAUUGGCUUUUUCCGAAUUUGAAGGAUGGAGUUUCUUUCACGCCUUCUACUACUGCUUCAUCACUCUCACCACUAUCGGCUUCGGCGACUACGUGGCGUUGCAAAACGACGAAGCCCUGCAAACCAAGCCGGAUUACGUGGCCUUCAGCUUCAUCUACAUCUUGACGGGCCUGGCUGUUAUUGGAGCCUUCCUCAACUUAGUCGUCCUCCGCUUCAUGACCAUGAACGCCGAGGAUGAGAAAAGGGACGCAGAGCAGAGGGCUCUGCUCGCCCAUAACGGCCAGGCUGGCAGACAUACGCAUUGCGCGACGGACCUACCGUCUCCUUCUUCCACGGCUUCAGGCUGUGUCGGAGGAAGCGCAAUUGGGGGUGGCGGGGCAGGAGCGGCGAGCAGGGGACUGCGAAAUGUUUAUGCUGAGGUACUUCAUUUCCAGUCCAUGUGCUCUUGCCUUUGGUACAAGAGCAGGGAGAAGCUGCAAUACUCCAUCCCUAUGAUAAUCCCACGUGACCUAUCUAACUCUGACAGCUACAUGGAGCAGGGAGAAGCGUUCUCCAACCCCCUUCACUCCAAUGGCUGCAUGUGCAGUUUACAGCCCCACUCAGGCAUCAGCUCAGUGUCCACUGGUCUGCACAGCAUCAGUGUGUACAGGAGACUCAAUAAACGAAGGAGCUCCAUCUAGACGGCUGGCGGAGGGUGCAAUUUUAAGACAAUGUGGAAGUAACGCUGUAAAGAGGGUAGUGUUGAACACUUGAUACUGGUCUUGGUCUGGUCUUAGACUCAACUUCCAGGACAUUCUUGGUCUUGAACCCCAAAAGUCUUGAUCUUGACAUUUUUGGGUGAUUUCUGGUGUUGGCCAUGUCUUGGUUGUAGUCUUGAGCACAACACUAAUAGGGAGUGUGGUACUAGGUUUCGACAUCAGGGGAAAGGGGAUUUAUUUUGUUUUGUUUAAUAGAUGAGUCACCAAUAGGUAUGUGCCGGUAUGAGAUUCUGACGGUAUGAUAACCUUGAGCCGAAAUAUCACGGUUUCACGGUAUCAUGGUAUUGCAAUUACAGCUCUAAAAUGUGUUACUUUGAGAUAUCUGGGUUUUUUAAAAAAUGUAAAAGCUUUUUUCCAUGAACAGGAUUUUUAUAUUUCAAAACAUAUCAGCAAAUUGGAAUAUACAGUACUGUGCAAAAGUUUUAGGCAGGACACCUGCCUAAAACUUUUGCACAGUACUGUAUAUUUUUAUUAUAUUAUGUAUAUACAGGAUAUACUGUAUGCAUAUAUUUUCCCCAAGUGGAAGCUUCCAUGAUCCUAAUAAAUGUAAUAAUUAAAAAUAUAUACAGUAUAUACAGUACUGUGCAAAUGUUUUAGGCAGGUUUCCUGCCUAAAACUUUUGCGCAUUACUGUAAGUAUAAUGUUAAGUUGAAAUAAUUUUUUAAAAUAAGUAAAUAAAUAACUGAAAUAUUUUAAAUAAAAUUAAAAUAAAUGCAGUCCUUUAGGUGAGCCUAAACCCACAGCCACAGCUCAACAUUAUUACCAUCAGAGCAAAAAUUAAAAUAUUUUUCCACAAAAAGCAUGUGUGUAUGACUUGUGUUAGGUUUACAUUAUACACACACUUUCUUUCUCAACACAGACAGUUGCCACACUUGACACACUAAACACGCUGAAGUUAACUCUCAUAGCUGGUGGGAAACGUUCAUGACAGUGGUUACCAACCUUUAAUUUUGUGUAAAUGCGAAAUCAUAUUGGAGAUAUUGUCUACUCGGCAGCCACCCUACGCAAACAUUUUUUACAUGUCGUUAACCUCUCCUCCUCUAAGCUGCGGCCAUCUGUAACUUUUCUGUAGCCGAAGAAUUCCCAUACCAGCAAUUUCUUUUUCUUCGAUGGGGGAAAAAGUUCAGGAGUUUCACCUCCUCCAGCCAUCGUGUUGCACAGCUGACUCACUGACACUGAGCAACAACCGGUGGGGGAGGGUUGAGCCUUGCAGCUGCAAGCGAGGGAUUUCAUCCUGCAUUUCUGGGACAUGAAUAAUAGCUAAUACCGUGGCGACGGUAUGACAGAAAAUUUUUUAAUUUUUUUGAAACCGUGAUGUUUUCAAAGCACGCUAUACCUUGAAACCGGUAAUCGGCACAUGUGUAGUCACCAAGCAGGCAAGGACAAAUAAAGCACAAACACAUACCAUUACAUCCAGUAAGACGGACAGUAGGUUAACUCGAAGGUUUGAAUCUUCUUAUGUUCUAAUUGCUCUUAAGUGGCUUUUGUUCAGAUGAUGUAUCCCCCACAUUCUCCCAUCUCCCACAUAUCGAAGAUUGUUUCAUUGAAGACUCUAAAUAGUUCAUUAAUGGGAAUGUGGAUAAUUGAUUGUCUGUGUGACCAAUACAGACUGUACGUCUCUCCUCAAAGUCAGCUCAUAUUGGCCCCACGUCACUCCUAAAAGUCAAAACCUAUUUGCAGCUCGUAUUGGCCCCACGUCACCCCUAAAAGUCAAAACGUAUUUGCCCCAAUUCUAAUGAAGAAGUGGUGAAGAAAAUAUUGUCAAUCACACAUGUCAAACUCAAGGCCCAGGGGCUAGAUCCAGCCCUCCUCAUCAUUUUGUUUGGCUUAUGAAAGCAAGUCAUGUGCAUUAACUUUGUUUCUUACUAAAGUACUAAAAUUGCACUUUGUCAUGUUUAAAAACAAAACAAAAACAAUUGAAAACAUUGAAUAUAUAACAGGUGUUCUUUUUUGUUAAAAAUCAUGCUUUUUAAAAAAAUGGAAUAUACAACCAGGUAUAAUUCGAAUUGUUGCAAAAUUGAUCAUUUGUAAUAAUUUGAGGUGAUUAAACAUCGUAUGCAUAUGCGGUGUUUGACUUUUUGGGACGGGGGGGCACAACAUGUUGAUGACCGCAAAACGCAGUGUCAGUAAUAAAAUCAACUGACAAGAAAUUUAUAAUAAUAAGUUUCCCAUCAUUUCUUGAGGGAAAUUCUAAAUCAGGCUGCUUAGGAGAGCUAUACUUUUCGCCAAGAUCGUCAUCCAUUGAAUAUGGUACGCCCGCCGGUGUCGUGCCAAUGUAGUUACCCCCGUCAAAAAUUGUAUUUCCUGGGCGGAGCCACUGCGCUGCACUGAUUUGCUUGAUUUCCGUGUUUUGGUGAUGUAAUUAUCUACGAGGCUUAAAAACAUGGUCCAACCAUCAAAAAAAAAAAAAAAAACGUACUUUUUUCUGUCACGUAACAUACGUAAACGUGGAAAAAAAGUCAGUGUUUUACUGUUUUACUCGUAGGAUGACCUAUAACUGUUAUUACUGUAAUACAAGUCCUGUAUGGAGUUUCUCUAGUUUAAUAAACGUAGAUGUCCAAAAUAUAUAACUGUGGUUCUUUUCUGGCUUCAAUUAAUUGUUUAAAUCGACAUACCUCAUAAAUAAUGUGUGUGAGUGUGUGCGCUCCCGCGGCCAGAGGAUACAAUUUUUGACGAGGGGUUACUACAUUGACAAGACACCGAUGGUGGCUCUGUUGUACAAUUAGUGUCUUUAGUGGGGCAAAAAAACCCCGCUUACUAUUUUGGCGGUGCUCUCUGGCGUUUCAUGGUCAGCAUUGUCAAUCCUUGGUUCUUGCUCAGUAGUUGUUGUCGCUUUUGAAAGCUUAAGUUUGAAAAAAAUUACGUAUAUCCAUCUUGCUUCUUCGGUCCUCGGGUGAUUUUGGCUAAGCAAGGCAAAUGACCGUCUAAUGUGCUAGUCCGAUCUGAUGAUGAUCUGUUCGAAAAAUAAUUUUGGCCCAUUAUAAAAAUAUCUUUUGUCGUUCAUUUUUGUUGUUUGUUUUAUUGCUUUACAACUUUUAUAGACAAUAUUAACCCGAAAAACUCUUAAUUUAAAAUCAUAUAUAGGAAAGUCAAUUACAUGCAAUGACACUUA